AUGGACGACGACGGCGGCGACGACGACGCCGCCGCGCGCGCGGCGAUCGCGAUCAAACCCGAGGAGGUGACGACGCUCAGGGGCCACACGUCGGAGGUGUUCAUCUGCGCGUGGAGCCCCGCCGGGGACGUCCUCGCGUCCGGCAGCGGCGACGCGACGGCGAGGAUGUGGACGGUGCCGGCGGGGCCGUCGGGUCGCGACGCGGCGAAACCGGCGCGCGAGCCGCUCGGCGACGCUAACGACUGGAACAAUAAGAGCAAGGACGUGACGACGCUGGACUGGAACGGCGACGGGUCUCUGCUCGCGACGGGGUCGUACGACGGGCUCGCGAGGGUGUGGGACGCAAACGGAAACUUAGUCAACUCGCUGUGCGCGCACAGGGGGCCCAUCUUCUCGCUGAAGUGGAACAAGAAGGGCGACUACCUCCUCUCCGGGAGCGUGGAUAAGACCGCCAUCGUGUGGGACGCGAAGACGGGCGAGGCGAAGCAGCAGUUCGCGUUCCACACCGCGCCGACGCUGGACGUGGACUGGCGCAACAACGUCUCGUUCGCGACGUCGAGCAUGGAUAACAUGAUCUACGUCUGCAAGCUCGGCGAGACGAAGCCGAUCAAGGCGUUCAAAGGGCACAAGGACGAGGUGAACGCCAUCAAGUGGGACCCGACCGGGACGCUGCUCGCGUCGUGUUCGGACGACUACAGCGCCAAGGUGUGGAGCCUGAAGCAAGACCGGUGCGUGCACGACUUCACGGAGCACGCGAAGGAGAUUUACACGAUAAAGUGGUCCCCCACCGGUCCCGGGACGAACAAUCCGGAUUUGCCGUUGACGCUCGCGACGGCGUCGUACGACGCGACGAUCAAACUGUGGGACGUGGAGGAGGGCAAGUGUAUGCACACGCUGCGCGCGCACUCCGACCCGGUGUACUCGGUCGCGUUCUCGCCGGAUGGGAAGUACGUCGCGUCCGGGAGCUUCGAUAAGCGGCUGCAUGUGUGGGACGCGAAGCGCGGGACGCUCGUUCGGACGCACGACGGCGGCGGCGGGAUCUUUGAGGUUUGUUGGAACAAGGACGGGAGCAAGCUGGCGGCGUGUUACAGCGACAACACCGUGUCCGUGCUCGACUUCAGGGCGUGA